UUCCUCAGCUGUGUAAAGUUUCCUCGUGCUCAUGGCGAGCCCACCAGUGUAACUGCGGGUGUUCAAGCUAACUCCCCGUUUCUUAUUGUUAAUUUCUAGUUGUCGCAGCUCGUAUUAAAGAUGUCAAGUGCAGCUUUGAGAUGCUCGGGCUGCGGCGGCUCAAACAUUGUAGAGGAUGCGCUGUACUGCCAAGCCCAGCAGGUGUGUGUGGACUGCGGCUCUGUGGUGUCCGAAGACGCGCUGGCCAGUGAAAGCGUGUACGUGGGAGGUUCAGAGGGCUUUACAAUAUGUACACACAUACAUGCCUGUCCCAGGACCUCACAUCGGAUCAGGAAAAACUCCCAAGAAAUGGAAAACACACUUUCACGGGAAGGAGAGCAACAGAGGAGGAUCCCUCCUCUCCCGGAUGGACAGAAGCAAUAGAUGUCAUGUGACCAGAAGGAAUCAUUACAGAGUUACAACACAUUUAAUGAAUGUCAGCUACAGCCGAUCCACAGCUGGAGCCAAAAAGCCAUGUAUGAACCUGAUCAUAGGUGUUCAGCGUGUGAUCUCCAUAUGUCGGAUUCUCAGGGUCAACAGUGAGAUUGAAAAGCUUGCGGAGGUCUAUUACAGGCAGGCUUAUCAGCACGAACGUUUCAUCAGAGUGAGCCUCCAGAAGAAAGAGCACCUGGCUGGUUGCUGUCUGCUUGUAAGCUGCCGAUUGCUCAAUUGGCCCAUAAGCAUGGCAACCAUUAGCUGCCUGCUGGAUGCCGACACCAUGGUGAUGGGGAUGCUUUACAUCGAGAUGAUCAAGGUUCUCAACAUUGAGGCUCCGAUCGUCAACAUCACUGAUGUGAUGGAGGCCCACAGUCACGACUACCAAAUUAGCUCACUUCAUGUUCCGGAAGAAUUGGCUGAGAGCCAUAAGGACUUGACCCAACGUGCCGUGGAGCUGGUGGAGCUGGCGGCAGACAGCUGGAUUGUGACCGGCCGCAGACCCAUCCCCAUCAUGAUGGCCGCCAUCUUUCUGUCGUGGCAGUCCUUGAAACCCAACAAGCACCGCUUGAAGUUGUCCCUGGAGAAAUUCUGUAAGCUUGCCAAAGUGAGCAAGCACAGGGUCGCUACCAUGAGGUUAGCUGAGAUGAAGGAGAUGCUGUGUAAGCUGGGACGGGAGAUUCCCUGGGUCAGGGAGGCGGUGACGCCGGGCAACGUUGUCAAGCAUGUGGAGGAUAUUCUAAAGCACAGGUAUGCGCUGCUCAGGAGGGCCGUCAGAGCCCGGGAGGACGCUCUGCUGGCAGAGGCUGAGGCCAGCUGUGAGGACCUCCCAACCCAGGAGGACGCUCCCGCCCACAUCUCUGGGCUCGUGGAUCAGAAUCCAAAUGCAUCGUCCGUGGAGAUAAUAGCUGAAAGGACGCAGCGGCCGGGAGACGGAGAUCAUCAUCAGCUGCACAGGGAGACUCUCAAGGGCCCCGACCCAGCAGCCAACUGGGGGAAGAGGGUCCUGUUUGCUCCGCCCUGUGUGGUCCAAGCCAAGAGACGCCGAGUGGAGCAGCCCGAGCGCACGGAUGUGACCGGAGAUGAGGACAUCUCUGACAGUGAAAUCGACACUUACAUCCGCACUCCUCAGGAAGCUCGAGAGUUUGCUCUGACGCAGAAGAUGCUUUCUGAAUGACAAAUCCGUACCCGCUGUCCCUCAAGGCCGGAUUAUUCAGAUGUUUGAUUUCCAUGCAAUUUGGUUUGUGAUAAGAGAUGCGAUCACCUUGUGUAUGUCGUGUAAUGCAGUCACACAUUAUGGUUUUUGUUUUGAUGCUUAUACUUGUUACAUAAAAGUUGUGUUGAAGGAGUGAAAUAAAUGUAUAUUUCUGGAUCAGUGAACAAUUUAGUGUUAAGAUCUCCACUCAACAAACUGAAAUGCAUUUUUAAAGGAAAUAUUUAAUGGUAUUAAUAGUAUAACUUACAUUUAUAGUUUUUGCAUAAUAAAAGAAAAGGUAGAACAUU